AUGGCUGAAGAAGGUGCGGAUCCACAAGGCAAAAAGGACUGCUAUAUUUUGGACCAGGGAGGGAUGUCAAUAUUCGUGUGGAAGGGAAAGACAGCCAACAAAGCAGAGAGACAAGCAGCAAUGACCAGGGCUCUGGAGUUCAUUAAACUGAAGGGUUACCCACUCACUACUAAAGUGGAGGCUCUCAGUGACGGAGGAGAAUCGGCUCUCUUCAAGCAGCUGUUCAAGAGCUGGACGGUCAGAGAGCAGACAGCUGGUCUGGGCCAGACACACACCGUGGGGAGAGUGGCUGAUGUCCCUCAAGAGAAGUUUGAUGCCAGUAGGAUGCAUGUGAUGCCUGAUGUUGCUGCACAGGAGCGUUUGGUGGACGACGGCAGUGGACAAAAGCAGGUGUGGCGCAUCAAGAGUUUGGAGAUGGUGGAGGUGGAUCCUGAGAUGCAUGGGUACUUCUAUGGAGGAGACUGCUAUCUGAUUCUGUACAGCUAUGAAGUUAAUGGCAGGAAGAACCACAUCCUCUACAUGUGGAAGGGCCGUCAUGCGUCUCAGGACGAGGUCACGGCGUGUGCCUAUCAGGCGGUGACCCUGGACCAGCAGCACGGAGGUCAGCCGGUGCAGGUCAUAGUCUCCAUGGGCAAGGAGCCACGCCACUUCAUGGCCAUCUUCAAGGGCAAGAUGGUGAUCUUCGAGGGCGGCACGUCCAGAAAGAGCGCCCCGGAGCCAGAGCCGCCCGUCCGUCUGUUUCAGAUCUGUGGCUCUCACCAAACCAAUUCUAAAGCGAUCGAGGUGCCAGCCCUGUCAGCUUCACUCAACUCCAACGACGUCUUCCUCUUGAAAAGCCAGAACGGCAUCUUCCUGUGGUAUGGCAAGGGCUCCAGCGGGGAUGAGAGGGCCAUGGCGAAGGAGGUGGCCUCCUUUAUUGGACGAGGCUCAUCAGAGGAGGUCAUGGCUGAGGGACAGGAGCCAUAUGAGUUUUGGGAGACCUUAGGUGGAAAAGGACCCUAUGCAAGUGACAGAAGAUUACAGCAGGUGACUCUAGAUCAUCAACCACGUCUGUUUGAGUGCUCCAACAAGACCGGCAAGUUUCUGGCCACUGAGGUAACCCAGUUCACCCAGGAUGACCUGCGAGAGGACGACGUCAUGCUCCUGGACACCUGGGAUCAGGUCUUCCUCUGGAUAGGAAUUGAAGCCAAUGAUGUGGAGCGUAAGGAAUCUGUGACAACGUGCCAGGAAUACCUGCGGACUCACCCUGGAUCCCGGGACCCUGACACCCCCAUUAUAAUGGUGAAGCAGGGCUUUGAGCCUCCUACCUUCACGGGGUGGUUCACGGCCUGGGACCCCACUAAAUGGAGCGGUGGAAAAACCUACGAGCAGCUGAAGGAGGAGUUAGGAGAGAUCACAUUGCCCACUAAAGUGGAAUCUGGCUCCACUGAUGCGGAGAGUGAACCCGUCUCACAAUAUCCAGCAGAAAUGCUGAUGAACAAACUGUCUGGAGAUCUGCCUGAGAACGUGGACCCCGCUCACAAAGAGAGACAUCUCUCUGACCAAGAUUUCCAGGCCAUAUUUGGAUGCUCCAGGGAAGAGUUUACCAGUUUGCCUCAGUGGAAACAGAAGAGCAUUAAGAAGGAGAAGGGCUUGUUCUGAGCGUGACGAGUGUUUGGCAUCGGGAGGAGGGAUCAGAGACGCAGCUAGAUGUCCCAUUUCAGAUUUAAAGACAAACCUUCAUUUCAAUCUUUACUCAUAACUGAUCGUGUAAUAGUUCUUAUGUUCUAGACGCAAUAGGCAUAUUGCAGUUUAAUUAUGAGACUUAUAAUAUUUUUGCUGAAAGCUAAAUAAAAGAAUAUUUAGAAACA